AUGAUGCCCCAGAAGAAAAAGAGGAAGAAAGACAUCAACUUCCUGGCCCUGUAUGAGGAGGAGGUGCUGAACUAUGCCUCAGACGAAGGUGACGAGGAACUGGAGCAUGAAUACUACAAGGCCAAAGUGUAUGAGGUGGUCACGGCCACUGGGGAUGUUCGGGGAGCAGGAACAGAUGCCAACGUCUUCAUCACCAUUUUUGGAGAGAAUGGGCUCUCUCCCAAACUCCACCUCACCAGCAAGAGCGAAUCUGCCUUUGAGAAAGCCAAUGUCGAUGUCUUCCGGGUGAGAACCAACAAUGUGGGUCUCAUCUACAAAAUCAGGAUUGAGCAUGACAACACAGGCUUGAAUGCCAGCUGGUACCUGAACCAUGUGAUUGUGACCGACAUGAAGCGGCCUCAUCUCCGUUACUACUUUAACUGCAACAACUGGCUGAGCAAGGUGGAGGGUGACCGACAGUGGUGCCGGGACCUGCUGGCCAGCUUCAACCCCAUGGACAUGCCCAGAGGUAACAAGUAUGAAGUCAAAGUGUACACUGGUGAUGUCAUUGGUGCAGGGACAGAUGCUGACGUCUUCAUCAAUAUUUUUGGAGAGUAUGGAGAUACAGGGGAGCGUAGGCUGGAAAAUGAAAAGGACACCUUUGAAAAGGGAGCUGAAGAUAAGUUCAUACUGGAUGCCCCAGAUUUGGGGCAGUUGAUGAAGAUCAACAUUGGCCACAACAACAGGGGAGGGUCUGCAGGCUGGUUCCUGUCUAAGAUUGUCAUUGAAGAUAUUGGAAACCAAAGAAAAUAUGAUUUCCCUCUCAACCGCUGGCUGGCCUUGGAUGAAGAUGAUGGCAAAAUCCAAAGAGAUAUCUUAGUGGGUGGAGUGGAGACCACAGCUAUCACAUAUAUUGUCACUGUGUUCACUGGGGAUAUCCGAGGAGCUGGGACCAAAUCCAAAAUCUACUUGGUCAUGUAUGGAGCCAGAGGGAAAAAGAACAGCGGGAAGGUCUUUCUGGAAGGUGGCGUGUUUGACCGUGGCCGCACCGACAUCUUCCACAUUGAUUUGGCUGUACUCCUCAGUCCCCUGAGUCGGGUUUCCAUUGGGCAUGGGAACGUGGGCGUCAACAGAGGCUGGUACUGCGAGAAGGUGGUAAUUCUGUGCCCCUACACUGGCAUCCAACAGACCUUCCCUUGCAGGAACUGGCUGGAUGAGAAAAAGGCGGAUGGGUUAAUUGAGAGGCAGCUCUAUGAGAUGGUGUCUCUCAGGAUGAAGAGGCUGAAAAAAUUUCCUUGGUCCCUGUGGGUCUGGACAACUGAUCUGAAGAAAGCUGGUACCAACUCUCCCAUCUACAUCCAGGUUUAUGGGAAGAGGGGGCGCACAGAUGAGAUCCUCCUGAAUCCCAACAACAAGUGGUUCAAACCUGGCACAAUUGAGAAGUUUACGAUUGAGAUCCCAAAUCUCGGCAUGUUUUAUAAGAUUCGGGCAUGGCAUGAUAAAAGGAGUCCAGGUUCUGGAUGGCAUUUAGAAAAGGUGAGAUACACCAUCUUGGGGGUGGAAGUGGCCCGGUACCGUGUGACUGUGUGCACAGGGGACCUGGAAGGUGCAGGGACCGAUGCCAAUGUCUAUCUCUGCCUUUAUGGAGACGUGGGAGACACGGGGGAGCGGCUGAUGUUCAACUGCAGGAAUAAUGUUGACUUGUUCGAGAAGGGCAAUGCAGAUGAGUUCACCAUUGAGGCUGUCACCUUACGGAAGGUGAAGCGGGUGAGGAUCCGGCAUGAUGGCAAAGGUGCGGGCAGUGGCUGGUACCUGGAGCGGGUGUUGGUGAGAGAGGAGGGCCAACCUGAGAGUGACAACAUGGAGUUCCCAUGUUCCAGGUGGCUGGACAAGGAUAAGGAUGAUGGGCAGUUGGUCCGAGAGUUGCUGCCCAGCAACAGCAAUGCAACCCUGAAGAACUAUCGCUAUCACAUCUAUGUGAAGACUGGGGAUGUCCCUGGGGCCAGCACGGAUUCUAGAGUCUAUAUCAAGCUCUACGGUGAUAAAUUAGACACUAUCAAGCAAACUCUGCUCGUCUCUGACAACAACCUGAAAGACUAUUUUGAACGUGGCCGGGUGGACGAGUUUACCCUCGAGACCCUGAAUAUUGGAACUAUCAACCGGCUGGUGAUUGGGCACAACAGUACAGGCAUGCGCGCCAGCUGGUUCCUGGGCAGUGUCCAGAUCCGUGUGCCCCGACAAGGCAAGCAGUAUACAUUCCCUGCCAACCGCUGGCUUGACAAGGACCAGGCUGAUGGGUGCCUAGAGGUGGAGCUCUAUCCCAGUGAGGUCGUGGACAUCCAGAAAUUGGUCCACUACGAGGUUGAAAUUUGGACGGGAGAUGUGGGUGGUGCAGGCACCACGUCUCGAGUCUUCAUACAGAUCUACGGCGAGGAAGGCAAGACGGAAGUUCUCUUUCUUUCCAGCCGCUCGAAAGUAUUUGAUCGGGCGUCCAAGGACAUAUUCCAGCUGGAGGCUGCAGAUGUGGGCGAGAUCUACAAGGUCCGGCUUGGGCACACAGGCGAGGGCUUUGGGCCCAGCUGGUACGUGGACAUGGUGUGGCUGCGGCACCUGGUGGUUCAGGAAGAGGACCUCACGCCCGAAGAGGAGGCCCGGAAGAAGAAGGAGAAGGCCAAGCUGCAGCAGGUGCUGAGGAAGGAGCGGCUGAAGGCCAAGCUGCAGAGGAGGAAGAGGAAGAAGAAGAAGGAGAGCAGCGAUGAGGAGGACGAGGAGGAUGAGGAUGAGGAGUCGUCAUCUGAGGAGUCGUCAGAGGAGGAGGAAGAGGAGGAGAGUGAGGAGGAGGAGGAAGAGGAGGCGAUCGGGCCAGGGAUGCAGGAGGUGAUUGAAGAGUACAAGUUUGACGCCCACCGCUGGCUGGCCCGGGGCAAGGAGGACAAUGAACUCAUGGUGGAGCUGGUACCGGCUGGUCGGUCAGGUCCUAAGCCCAACACCUAUGAGGUCCAGGUGAUCACAGGGAACGUGCCCAAGGCCGGCACUGAUGCCAACGUUUACCUGACCAUCUAUGGCGAGGAGUAUGGGGACACGGGUGAACGACCCCUGAAGAAGUCUGACAAAUCCAACAAGUUUGAGCAGGGUCAGACAGACAUCUUCACGGUCCACGCCAUGGAUCUGGGGCCCCUGACCAAGAUUCGGAUUCGCCAUGACAACUCUGGCAACAGGGCAGGUUGGUUCCUGGACAGAAUCGACAUCACCGACACGACCAAUGAGAUCACGUACUACUUUCCAUGCCAACGCUGGCUGGCAGUUGAGGAGGACGAUGGCCAACUGUCCAGGGAGCUGCUACCUGUGGAUGAAUCCUAUGUGCUACCACCAGAGGAUGAGGAGGGUGGAGGAGGUGACAACAACCCCCUGGACAACCUGGCCCUGGAGCAAAAAGAUAAAUCUACUACCUUCUCAGUGACCAUAAAGACUGGGGACAAGAAGAACGCAGGCACAGAUGCCAACGUCUUCAUCAUUCUCUUUGGCACACAGGACAAUAAUGGAAUGACCCUCCUGAAGUCCUCCAAGACCAACAGUGACAAGUUUGAGAGGAACAGCAUUGAAAUCUUCACGGUGGAGACGGUGGACCUGGGUGACCUGUGGAAGAUCCGUAUUGGCCACGAUAACACAGGCAAGGCUCCAGGCUGGUUUGUGGACUGGGUGGAGGUGGACGCCCCGUCUCUUGGAAAGUGCAUGAUGUUUCCCUGCGGCCGCUGGUUGGCCAAGAACGAAGAUGACGGGGCCAUCGUCAGGGACCUCUUUCAUGCAGAGCUUCAGACAAGGCGCUACACACCAUUUGUGCCUUACGAGAUUACCCUCUACACCAGUGAUGUCUUUGCCGCUGGGACAGAUGCCAACAUUUUCAUUGUCAUCUAUGGCUGCGAUGCCGUGUGCACCCAGAAGAAGUACCUGUGCACCAAUAAGCGGGAGCAGAAACUGUUCUUUGAGAAGAAGUCUGCCUCCCGCUUCAUCAUGGAGCUAGAAGAUGUGGGAGAAGUCAUUGAAAAAAUUCGGCUUGGCCAUAAUAACACAGGCAUAAACCCGGGGUGGCACUGUUCCCACGUGGACAUCCGCAGGCUCCUCCCAGAUAAAGACGGUUCAGAGACCUUGACCUUCCCUUGUGAUCGAUGGCUUGCCACCUCCGAGGAUGACAAGAAGACCAUUCGAGAACUGGUUCCUUAUGACAUUUUCACUGAAAAGUACAUGAAAGAUGGUUCCCUGAGGCAAAUCUACAAGGAAGUAGAGGAGCCUCUGGACAUUGUGCUGUACUCGGUGCAGAUUUUCACAGGGAACAUUCCUGGGGCAGGAACAGAUGCCAAAGUCUACAUCACCAUCUAUGGGGACCUGGGAGACACAGGGGAGCGGUACCUUGGCAAGUCAGAGAACCGCACCAACAAGUUUGAAAAAGGAAUGGCCGACACCUUCAUUAUCGAGGCUGCUGACCUGGGCGUCAUCUACAAGAUCAAACUCUGCCAUGACAACAGCAAAUGGUGCGCAGACUGGUACGUGGAGAAGGUGGAGAUCUGGAAUGACACCAACGAGGAUGAGUUCCUCUUCCUGUGUGGGCGUUGGCUGUCCUUGAAGAAGGAGGACGGGAGGCUCGAGAGGCUCUUUUAUGAGAAGGAGUACACUGGGGACCGGAGUAGCAACUGCAGCAGCCCCGAAGACUUCUGGGAGAUCGCUCUGAGUUCCAAGAUGGCCGACAUCGACAUCAACACUGUGACGGGGCCCAUGGUGGACUACGUUCAAGAGGGCCCAGUUAUUCCUUACUAUGUGUCAGUCACCACCGGGAAACACAAGGAUGCGGCCACCGACAGCCGGGCCUUCAUCUUCCUCAUCGGGGAGGAUGAUGAGCGAAGUAACCGGAUCUGGCUGGACUACCCCCGAGGGAAGAAGGGCUUCAGCUGUGGCUCUGUGGAGGAGUUCUAUGUGGCAGGCUUGGAUGUGGGCAUCAUCAAGAAAAUAGAGGUGCUCUACGAGAUGACGGUAUGGACCGGCGAUGUGGUUGGCGGUGGCACCGACUCCAACAUCUUCAUAACACUCUACGGCAUCAAUGGCAGCACAGAGGAGGUGCAACUGGACAAAAAGAAGGCCAGGUUUGAACGAGAGCAGGACGACACCUUCAUCAUGGAGAUUCUAGACAUUGCCCCCUUCACCAAGAUGCGGAUCCGAAUCGAUGGCCAGGGUAGCCGGCCCGAGUGGUUCCUGGAAAAGAUCCUCCUGAAGAACAUGAAUACGGGAGACCUGACAAUGUUCUACUACGGAGACUGGCUGUCCCAGCGGAAGGGCAAGAAGACCCUCGUGUGUGAGAUAUGUGCCGUCAUUGAUGGAGAGGAGAUGAUGGAGCGGACUUCCUACACCGUCACAGUGAAGACCAGCAACAUUCUGGGAGCGGGCACUGAUGCUAACGUCUUCAUCAUCAUUUUUGGAGAGAAUGGGGACAGUGGGACCCUGGCCCUGAAACAGUCUGCCAAUUGGAACAAGUUCGAGCGGAACAACACAGACACGUUCAACUUCUCUGACAUGUUGAGCCUGGGCCACCUCUGCAAGCUGAGGAUUUGGCACGACAACAAAGGACUAUUUCCUGGCUGGCACCUGAACUAUGUCGAUGUGAAGGACAACUCCCGUGAUGAGACCUUCCACUUCCAGUGUGACUGCUGGCUCUCCAGGAGUGAGGGUGACAGGCAGACGGUGCGUGACUUCGCCUGUGCCAACAAUGAGAUCCAGGACCAGCUGGAGGAGACCACCUACGAGAUCGUCAUAGAAACGGGCAACGGAGGCGAAACCAGGGAGAACGUCUGGCUGAUUUUGGAGGGGAGGAAGAACCGAUCCAAAGAGUUUCUUGUGGAAAACUCAUCUAGGCAGCGGGCCUUUAGGAAAGGGACCACAGACACGUUCGAGUUUGACAGCGUCUACCUGGGGGACAUCACCUCCCUCUGUGUGGGCCACCUUACCAGGGAAGAUCGGUUCAUCCCCAAGAGAGAGCUGGUCUGGCAUGUCAAGACCAUCACCAUCACCGAGAUGGAGAAUGGCAACGUGUAUUUCUUUAACUGUGACACCCUCAUCCCACUCAAGAGGAAAAGGAAGUACUUCAAGGUAUUUGAGGUCACCAAGGUGACAGAGAGCUUCACCAGCAAGAUCCAGAACCUCGUGCCCGUUAAGUAUGAGAUCAUUGUGACGACAGGCUAUGAACUGGGGGCGGGCACUGAUGCCAACGUUUUUGUGACUAUCUUCGGGGCCAAUGGGGACACAGGCAAACGAGAGCUGAAGCAGAAAAUGCGCAACCUCUUUGAGCGGGGCAGCACAGAUCGCUUCUUCCUGGAGACUUUGGAGCUGGGCGAGCUUCGCAAGGUGAGGUUGGAGCAUGACAGCAGUGGCUACUACUCGGGCUGGCUGGUGGAGAAACUGGAGGUCACCAACACCAGCACCGGCGUGGCCACCAUCUUCAACUGUGGUCAGUGGCUGGACAAGAAGCGGGGGGAUGGGCUCACCUGGAGAGAACUUUUCCCUUCUGUCUGAGAAGCUCCUGACCACAUCUUC